AUGGAUGAUGCUGAAGCAUCGAAGAAGAUAAAAAAGAAAUAUACAAAGAACCAAUCUUCCAUAUUCCCACCACCGUUGGGCACUUCAGUUGGUCACCGUGAACGAGGGAGAAAACGAGAGCGCAAGCAGGAAUGCAAACGUGAAGUCAGGCAACGAGGAAAAGAAGAGUUAGAGCGUAAGGCCAUGCAAGUCAGCACCUUGACUGCUCCUCCUUCAGUAAAUAGCGAGCAAAUCAUCUUGGGAGGAGUGCGUCUCCCGCCGGAUAUAGAAAUCAUCAAAUACACGACCAGAGCUAUUGGCCCGAAAGUACCAGGAGCCACCAACAGAGAGAACGAGAAGUCAAUUUCGCUGGACCAUCCUUCAGACAGCGUCAUGCCUACUCUCUCUUCUACCAGCCUUGUCAUUGAGAGGAAAAAUAAACAACCUUUGUUGAACGAACUGAACGCAGUUGAUGAUCCAGGCGCAGAAAUGGAUGCUCCUCUCAAUCUUUCAUUGAAGCCAUCCUCUUAA